GGAAGUGAUCGACACGUCGCUAAGUGUGCGUUUAAAGUGUUGUUAUUGUGUGAAAAUGUGCAAAGUAGAAAUGCUGAGAGUGUUGGUGAAGCAGCGACUAACUGCUGCCGUCGAAGAAACAUUUGUAGUUUUCGAAUGAACGAUAGCAGAAUACGAGGAGGAACUUUCUAGAACAAAAGAGGAGAACGAGCGACAACGUCAACUACUGGACGCUCUUUUCAACAAACAUCAACAAACAGUCUGUGAUGAGAUGGAGCAGGAGGAGGCAGAGCCCCACCACAUUAAAGAAGAGGAUGAGGAAGCUGAUAUCUCCAAGUUUUCAGUGACUUGCGUCACUGUGAAGAGUGAAGAUGAUGAGGUUAAAGGUGAAAGGGAGGUGGAGGCUCCAAGCAGCAGCUCAACUCAUGAGGACCACCGUGGAGGAUCACAAGCAGACUUAGCUCCACUAUCAGAUAGUGACGACGUAACAUCACACUCCUCUGACACCGACUCCAUAGCUGACACUGAAGUAAAACCCUUCGCGUGCUUGGUUUGUGGAAAAGCGUUUACUCGAAAUGCAAGUUUGAUAUCGCACAAAAGAACGCACACGGGGGAAAAACCUUUCAUUUGCUCAGUUUGCGGUAAAACCUUUUCUGAAAAGAGCAGCCUGAGGAAACACACGAGAACACACACCGGAGAGAAACCGUUUUCCUGCGCGGUGUGCAAAAAGAGCUUUCGUUACUACUCGACGUUGGUGACCCACAGGAGAGUGCACACCGGAGAGAAACCGUUUUCUUGCUCCGUCUGCCAAACAAGCUUCCGGUUUCAGACGUCGUUGAAUCAACACAUGCGGACGCACACAGGAGAGAAACCGUUUGCCUGCGCAGUUUGCGAUAAAAGAUUCUCCCAAAAGUCAACUCUGACAGAACACGGGAGAUUGCACACCGGGGAGAAACCGUUUUCAUGUUCGGUGUGCGACACAAGUUUUAGGUAUCACGCGUCGUACAUUCAGCACAUGAAAAGACACGCGGGUGAGAGUUUGUGAUGAACUGGUGGCCAGGGCCGCCCCUCCUCUUGUGUUGUGUGAAGUAGUUACUUGUCACUUCAUGUCAUCUUUUCACCGCAAACAUCUUCCUGCACCGUCACUGAUUACAAUACAGGACAACUGAUCCCAUAAAAUGUGUAUUCAUUCCUUCAAAAGUCUGCAGAUUUCUUGCAAUUUGUGACAAAAUGUGUCAUCUUGCUGAGUAAUCGAAAUAA